AAUCAAAAACGACGGAAAGCAGAUUACCAUUAGACAACCUCUGCUCGCUGAUUUGCUCCCCUGCGUGCCAGAAACAAGGGGAAGCAAACCAUCGCUAAACCAGAUAGAAAGGGCAGAAUCUGCCUGAAAAAUACCGUACAAGUUUAUCCUUUUCCAGAUUCGCUGCACGCUCUACAGGCUUGGAAGAUCAUGGACUUUGAAGACGUACUGGAAGAAAUCGGGGGCUAUGGGAGGUUCCAGAAGAUGCUAGUCUGGAUUUACCUCGCACCGGCAUCCAUCCUCAUGCCUGGUUACUUCAUGAGCCAGAUCUUCAUGCUGUCUGCACCUCAGCAUUCGUGCAAGGUGGCCGAACUGACGGAUGUCUUCAAUUUAACUCAACAAGAGGCUAAUGUACUACACAAGAGUCUUGUGAGUAAGGACAACUGCGAGGUGUUUUCUUUGUCGGCCAUAAACUCUAGCCUCAUACGGGGUUUCCUCAACCACGGGGGAAACGACUCCGAAGCGUGGUUUGAAUCGCAAGGACUGGAGAGGGUACCAUGCACGGAAUUCACGUACGACAACACCUUCUACGACAGCACGGCGUCCACGCAGUGGGAUCUCGUCUGCGACCGCGGCCAUCUUCCAAGUCUCGUAUUCACCUUAACCAGCGUUGGCAGUGCCUUGGGUACUCUCAUAUUUGGCGGACUAUCGGACAGGAUCGGGCGAAGACCUGCCUUCUUCGUAACGGUGAUUGUUGCCGUUAUUUUUGGAAUAUCAUCAAUCCUGGUGACGAACUUCAUAGCAUUUACCGUUCUGCGGUUCGUCACCGCCACAAUAAUGCCGCAAAUAUUUCAACUUCCGUACAUAAUACUGUUGGAGCUUGUGGGGCCGAAGUACAGGACGUCUAUGCUUGGCAUCGCGUGGAUGGCCUGGACAUUGGGACUCUGCGCGCUGCCACUGGCAGCCUACCUCUGCAGGACGUGGAUUCUGCUCGGGCUGAUAUGCUCUGCGUGCGCCGCCCUCAACUUUUUAUAUUGGAAGCUUAUACCGGAAUCCCCUCGAUGGCUACUGACUCAAAACCGCGUUAAAGAAGCCGUGGUCCUGCUGAACCGAAUUGCCAAAACAAAUGGUGUUGUUCCACCAGAACACCUGGAGACGAAUUUAAUGAAAGUUCAAAAGAAGCUGGAGGAAGAAAGGUCAGAGGCGGUGACAUCAACAAUGGAUAUUCUACGAAUGUCAAAGAUUAGAACCAAUUUUCUUAUCGUUACAUUUUCUUGGAUAGCCAACAGUUGUGCGUACUAUGGCCUGAGCAUCAACGUCACCAACAUGAGCGGAAACGAGUUCAUCAACUUCUUCCUUCUGGGCCUUGUUGAGUUUCCGGCCUGCGUCAUUUCUUGGUGGUCCAUGGAAAAGUUCGGCCGACGUUGGAUGAACGUCUUUUUUCAGGCGAUGGUCAGCUUCUCCUGUCUGGGGUUCUGCUUUGUUCCUCCAGGUGCCGUGAUUUCUGGAGUCGUUGUCUUGAUGCUGGCCAAGUUCUCCUGCACGGCGUCGGCCAUGGUGAUGUACCAGCAGGCGUCCGAGGUCAUGCCAACUCCCGUUCGCUCUUUCGCGUUGGGCGCAUCGUCAUCGCUAGCCUCAUCGUUCAGUAUCUGCAUGCCGUACAUAAUAUACCUGGGGAAAUACGGCACAUGGAUUCCGUUCAUGGUCAUGAUUGUCCUGGCAACCUUGGCCGGCGUAUCUUCCAUGUGGCUUCCAGAGACCAACGGCUUUGCCCUCUGUCAGACUAUGGAUGACGCUAACGAGUUUGGCAAGGAUCAGAAGUUCUUCUCAUUUAACAGGAUAAAGACGGUGGACAAGACGUAUGGUGACAAAAAACCAAAGGAAAAAGAGAUGGAACUUAUGGUCAACGAUGCGACAGAGAAAUAGGGAUAUUGGAAAACAAAAUCACCAAAUAAAGCGCCGGCCGAACUAGCCAUAUCAAUAAAUUAUAUACAAGCAGAAGC